ACGGCCUCCGCACUUGCAAAACCCUAGAAGGCGACCUCCUCCAUCGAGCGAUUGGAGGCUGAGAGGACAGACCGAACGCCUUCGGGACAGAAGUAGAUCGAGGGGAGCUCUCGAAUAUGGCGGAUUACGGCGGGAGAUACGAGGACAACGGCGAUGGGUACAACGAGUACGGCGGUGGCGGCGGCGGCGGCGGGGCUUCCCCUCUGCCGAGGACCAGCGGCUUCGACGUCCUCGGUGAUCCCAGAUCUCAGUAUGAUUCUCAUGAACACGAGAGAGGGUCCUCAAAGAACAGAGAUAGGGGCAGGGACAGGAACAGGGAGAGGGACAGGAACAGAGAGAGGGAGAAGGAUAAGGAGCGGGGCAAGGAUAGAGAACGGGAAAGGGACAAGGAUCAUGGUCGCCAUCACAGAGAUCACAAAGACAGAAGUGAAAGGAGGGAACAUGGACGAGAUAGACCCGAGGAUCAUGAUCAGCACCGUAGCCGAGAUCGUGAUAGCCAUCGGGAUCGGGAUAGGGAUGGGCGUCAUCGACAUCGUUCUCGUUCUCGGUCCAAGGGUAGAUCUGAUCAUAGGUCAAGAUCUCGUUCACGUUCUAGAUCUAACAGCAAACGUAUCAGUGGCUUUGACAUGGCUCCACCCGCAGCUGCCCUGUUACCUGUUGCAAAUUCUGCUGAAGGCAAUAUUGGGCCACUUGUCCCACUGUGCUGCCAAUGGGCGUCAACCAACUCCUGUAGCUUUAUGAACAAGGAGGAAUCAGUGCACUGGUUUGAUGGUCAGCUGCCAGUUACGACUCCAGCUAUUCCUGGAAUGUUUCCAAACAUGUUCCCUAUGGCAACUGGACAGUUUCAAACAAUACCUAUGAUGCCAGUGCAAGCAAUGACUCAGCAGGCUACUCGGCAUGCUCGACGGGUGUAUGUUGGUGGUCUUCCCCCUACUGCUAAUGAGCAGUCUGUUGCAACUUUCUUUAGCCAGGUCAUGUCUGUUAUUGGAGGAAAUACAGCCGGUCCAGGUGAUGCGGUUGUUAAUGUAUAUAUAAACCAUGAAAAAAAAUUUGCAUUUGUGGAAAUGAGGUCUGUUGAAGAAGCAAGCAAUGCAAUGGCCUUGGAUGGAAUCAUAUUUGAGGGAGCACCAGUGAAAGUCAGAAGGCCAAGUGAUUACAAUCCUUCUCUUGCUGCUGCACUUGGCCCAAGCCAGCCAAACCCCAAUCUUAAUCUUUCUGCAGUUGGUCUGACACCAGGUUCUGCUGGUGGACUUGAGGGUCCUGAUCGCAUCUUUGUUGGUGGUCUGCCAUACUAUUUUACUGAAGCACAAGUCAGGGAGUUGCUUGAGUCCUUUGGACCCCUUCGAGGUUUUGAUCUUGUCAAGGACAGGGAAACUGGAAACUCCAAAGGUUAUGCAUUCUGUGUCUACCAAGAUCUCUCUGUCACGGACAUUGCAUGUGCAGCUCUCAAUGGAAUCAAGAUGGGUGAUAAAACCCUUACUGUCAGACGUGCAAACCAGGGUGCAACCCAGCCGAGACCUGAGCAAGAAAGUGUGCUUUUGCAGGCACAGCAACAGGUAGCAUUGCAGAAGCUUGUAUACCAGGUGGGAUCCCUUUCUACCAAGGUGGUAUGUUUAACCCAGGUUGUCAGUGCAGAUGAGCUGAAAGAUGAUGAGGAGUAUGAAGACAUAAUGGAAGAUAUGAGGGGAGAAGGUGGAAAAUAUGGUAAUCUGGUGAAUGUUGUAAUUCCUCGACCUGGACCCAACGGAGAGGCAGCCCCUGGAGUUGGAAAGGUAUUUUUGGAGUAUGCUGAUGUUGAUGGCUCUAAUAAGGCUAGGCAGGCAUUAAAUGGUAGAAAAUUUGGAGGAAAUCAAGUUGUCGCAACUUUUUACCCUGAGAGCAAGUUUGCUCAAGGAGAAUACGAUGGGUAGUUACCUUUUAUCCUCUUAUCAUAUCGGACGUAAAUUGGGAACAAUGUGGACCAACCUAUUAGUUGUCUACCGAACAAUGAAAAUAUGGUUUAGUGAAUAGAACUUUAGGGCAGCAAUGCUAGAUGUAGCUGAUUCCUGCUAUUCUUUUGCUCGUGUCCACUACUAAACAAAGAAUGGUAGGUUUGCUGCAUUACAUGUGAGUCGAUAGCCUGACUCACAUGGUUUUGGGUAUCUCUAGAUAGGCUUUUCUAUCAUCAAGAAAAGUUACUGGUGUCCGAGACACUUGUUCUCCAGACUCUCAGAAGGCACUAUAUGGACCAUAUUCUGUUUGGCUCUCACAUCUCCAGAACUCGUUCCGUCACAGAAUUAGAAUUUUUGCUGAUACUCUUUUCAGGGGGGGUGUAGAUAUUGUAUGGAGUUUGGAAUUUGGAUGCAACCAUAUUAUUAUUUUCCUGCCAGAUUAGUGAUUUCUUUGAAUCUGAAUAGGUAGACUGUGUGUGUAUUUUAUGUAUACGAGUAGCUACUGUCUAAUGCUUAUUCACAUCCAUACUUAUGUUGUUGA